AAUGGAUUGAACAGCAUUUCUACUUGUUUCAGCUUGAACAUCAGAAUAACAAAUGGAUGCAACUGUGUUGCUAUAGAAUAUACCUGAGGUGGUUAAAUACUCUACCUAACUUAUUUUUCAAAUGAAGAAGAUUAAAUUGCCAUUCUUUGAGUUAGGCCAGCAGAGUAACUUGGAGGAAAAUCAUUUUUAAUGCAAAUCAUAUUAAAAUGGUAAUGUCCAGCAUGCUAUAAUUCAGGAAUACUGGACCCAAAUCCUAUCCCUAAUUCUGAAAAUCAUAGAAUAAAUUAGCCUUGUGAUCCCUUGGUUGUUAUAUUGGGAUUAAUAUAUAUAUAUAUACACUACAAAAUGCUGACCUCACAACACAUUAACUUGUGACAGCCAGAUGUACAAUCCUUGAAUUAUGGAAAAGACAAGAACCCCAGGUAGUCCAAACAUUAUUUGUGAUAAUUGACAAAUGACUUGAGAAUGGGAGUCCUUAUCUUUUAUCAAGUGCCAAGUUAUCUUUUCUAGAAGUCAAGGGAAGAGAUCACUGAAACCUUAGUAAGAGAUCAAAAAUAUUUCAUUGCUUGUUUUAACGAUAAUCAGAAAAAGUCUCCUGAGAUCUACACAGCUCAUGUAGAGGGACAUGGAGCUACAGCUAUGAAAAUUAAGCGGCCAAAGAAAUCAAAACAACCAGAUACGAUUCCUCCAACCAUAACAAAUUGCCCAUGGGACAUUACCAUAACCACCGAGACUGAUCCAGUACAGGUCAGCUGGGAACAACCUGAAAUUAGCGACAACAGUGGGGUGUUUACCUCAAUAGCUUCAAUAUCCAGUGGCUCCUGUUUCCGGUAUGGAUCUCAUCAAGUGCAAUACACCGCCCAUGAUGAAGCAGGAAAUGAAGCCUCCUGCCAGUUUAAAGUUACCAUCCAAAAGCCAGAUCUUUCGUGCACUGCCCAACCUCCCACUGAUGGGUCUUGUGGGAUGUUAUCUUAUCCUGGCAGUGGAAUGAACAAAUGGCAGUUUUGUGUACCAUUCUGCAUGAAGAGCACUGGUUUCCAUCGGAGAGCAUGGUCAGUGUUUUUCUGCCAGCCUUCUCAGUCUGGGACAAGUUGGUUUCAUUUGGAUGAAGCCUGGCAAAUGACAAAGGCUCACAGGCCAGAGACUUGCACAGUCAGGCGUCGUACAGGGUCCAGAAAAGGAGAUUCACUACAGUACUAUGAGGGUGACUGCAAUGAACAGGCCGUGAAAAAACACAUCCUAGCAACUGUGGAACACAUUGUAGCCAAAGAUCCCUCUGUUGUUUCUCAGUGAACCAGGCACCCAAACACCUGUGGCAAUUUCAGAAUUUCAGAUCUUUCUUUUCACUGUGGGUCUGGAAACAACCAAAGAGAUACUGAACCACCUGUAGUGAUCUCCUGUCCUCAGAACAUUGAGAUAGAAACCAAAAAAGGAAACCCCUACUGGAAUGACUUGCCUGAAUUGUCUUGGAAGGAGCCUGUGUUUGAAGACAACUCCAGGGGUCCACUGACAAUCACAAAAGGAGGGUCCAAUGUUAAUAACGGAGACAAACUGGCAUAUGGCCAAUAUUCAGUGGAAUAUAUAGCAACAGAUCUUUCAGGAAACCAAGCCAAAUGUUCCUUUGAGAUCUCCGUGAAAUCAAUUGCAUGCACAAUGGAAUUGCCGGAGCAUGGGGCUAUAGUCUGUGGCUAUCCUUCGGUGGACGGCAUGGACCUCAUGACCAUUGACUGUAUUGUACUGUGUCAAAGCAAAUACCAGUUUAGCAGGGAUCCAUAUCCAAUAUAUGCAUGCUCAGAGGAGGGACUUUGGUGGACCUUCACAAGCACAUUCACGCCUAUUGGCCCAAAUUUGCCAAGUUUAAACCAUAAGUGCCAAGAACCAGAUAUCCAUAAAAAGCCAAAAGUUGUUGAUCCGAAUUUUUACUUUGAUGGUGACUGCCAUGACAGAGCAGUGCAAGUCAUGCUGCUAGGACACUUGGAAUAUUUUCAGAGGAAAACUUCAGCAUAUCAGUACUGCGAAUUAAACAGAGAGUUCUGCAGAAAGUGGAAUGGUUACCGCAAUGUAACGGUGUUCUGUGGAAGCACGUGAGAUGGAAUGACUGUAUUGUUUGUUAUGGGUUUUUUUAGAAUGUAUUUGCAUGCGUGUGUGAGAACUACAUAUUAUCCAAGUAUUCAGACUGUUCCUUGAAAGCAG